GCACACCAGCGAAGCUCCUAACGCUGACUAUGGCCGAGCUAGGCGAAGCUGGCGAAGCCGAGUUACAACGCCUGGUGUCCGCCGAGCAGCAGAAGGCGCAGUUCACUGCGCAGGUGCAUCACUUCAUGGAACUAUGUUGGGAUAAGUGUGUGGAGAAGCCAGGGAAUCGGCUAGACUCCCGCACUGAAAACUGCCUCUCUAGCUGCGUGGACCGCUUCAUCGACACCACUCUUGCUAUCACCGGUCGGUUUGCCCAGAUCGUACAGAAAGGCGGGCAGUAGCCACACCUCUCAGAGUGACGGACCAAGACUUGAAUGGACAGUGGAGAAAGAAUUGUUG